CGUUGUGUUUUGGUUGUGAUAAUGCUGGUGUCGACGAUAACCAUGACGGCUGGCGGGUUGCUUAUGGUUACGGAAGGCUAUACAGAGAAGGCCCUGGUCUUUCUGGUGUGCGGAGGCACCACCAGCAUCUUCACGUGCGCCGGCAUGAUGGUCAGCGUUAUAUUUUCGAGGACGUCCCCCUCCGGCGACGCAGAGGCGCCUCUCCCCUAUUCUGACCCCCCGCCCGAGUACCGAUUCACGUGGAGGGAGGAAUACCUGAAGAAAUCCCCGGACAGGUUGAGGACUGAGCUGGAGGAGGCCGCGGCGGAAUGCCAAGAAUCUGAGGAGGACCCGAAGAAGGGCGCCGCGGCCGAGACUAAGAAGAACAAGAGGAAGGACAUCAGGAAGUUCUUGUGGUCUCAUGAGGUCAGCGCGGUGCAUUCCGGCCGGAGGAAUUCCGUCGGAGAGCAGCCUGGUACUAGUUCAGGGGAGAGGCCUCGAAGGGGGAGAGCCACCACGGUCGCCACGGCAGGGAGCCACGGUGCCACGAGGCCGGAGGGAAGAAGGGCGGCACCCUCCAGAGCCACGAUAUCUGUUGUGCCCUUGGCAGGGGAACUGAACGAGGGCUUGGCGGUGGACGAUGAGGGGCUGCCCACCUACGAAGAGGUGCAGAAGUGGUGAAAAAAAGUGAGAAAGAAUAAAAUAAAGAGAGAGAGAGAGAAGGUGAAGAGAGAGAGAGAGAGAGAGAGAGAGAGAGAGAGAGAGAGCAGAGAUGUAAAUAAACAAUUGGACUGAUAUAUCUGCAUUAUAUUAAUGUCUCGAUAUAUCUCUAUUUUUACACCUAGUCAUAUUAUUAAUGAUCUGUGAUCCUUAUGUCUUAAGAUGUGUAAUUUAUUUUCUUAUGUAUUUCACUGGAUUAUAACUAAAAAAGAAAAACAAUAGCGA